AUGGCGCUAACGGUUUUUUUAUUAUUUACGUCUUUUCACCAGUCAGCUGUCUUCUGUUCAGAUAUACAAAUAACGGUGUAUCCUUCCGAGGCACAUGUUCGGGAAGGUCGAGAGGUGGUAUUCGACUGCCGUGCCCGAAUCGCCGACAACUCUUUCUAUCCGCCAACGAGAUGGACAAAAGUUGGCGGGCCGUUACCUCCGCAUGCUUACGAGUCUUCUGGGCGGCUCACGAUUAAGCCUGUAUCGUUGUCAGAUUCCGGACAAUACGCAUGCGUUUCCACUCACAAGGGUAGGACCGUUGAAGCUCGUGCCACACUGCAUGUUCAGUCGUGGCAGUGCAUGGCCGACGAGCGAGCCUGCGCCAACAACGAGUGCGUGAAGGCGGACUACAUCUGCGACGGCGAGCCGGACUGCCGCGAUCGCUCGGACGAGUUGAACUGUCCCACAAUGAGGCAGUGCGAACCGAACGAGUUCAAGUGUCAGAAUCAGCGAUGCGUGCAGAAGAUGUGGCUAUGCGACGGUGACGACGACUGUGGUGACAACUCUGACGAGCGCGACUGUGGAGUUCAUUCGCCCGGUGAAAUGUGCAAGAAAACGGAAUUCCAGUGUCACGAUCAGCGACAGUGCGUGCCGUCUUCGUUUCACUGCGACGGCACAAACGACUGUAGAGAUGGAAGCGAUGAGGUAGGUUGCGUCCAACCAACAGUCGUUGAGCCACCGGAGACAAACAAGCAAGUCGCGCAAGGAUCCACAUUCCAACUCACAUGCAAGGCCGUGGCUGUUCCGGAGGCGUACAUCAACUGGCGUUUGAACUGGGGUCCUGUAUGUGAACCCCCACGCUGCAUACAGACGUCCGAAGGUGGAUAUGGAACUCUUACCGUACAUAACGCCCAACCAAUCGAUCAAGGUGCUUAUACUUGUGAAGCGAUCAACGUGAAAGGGCGAGUGCUAGCGACUCCUGACUGUAUUGUGAGAAUUGUAAAUAUUCCGGCUGAAACGACCCCUCCCACUCCUAUAGCACAGAGAAGAAAUUCUCUUUACGUAGUCGUAAGAAAACUUUUAUUUAAGGAUCGUCUGAUGUUUGCUGGAAGUUCAGAAGGCGUUAUGUUGUCGGAUAUUGAGGAAAGGGACAUCGAACGAGAAGUGAGAUUCGAGUUCACCAGGCCUGGAUACAUUACCUACUCAGGUCAACCUAUUGGUACAAAGUACUGGAGGCUUCCUCAAAGAUUCCUCGGAGACAAAGUGACCUCAUACGGUGGAAAGCUGGAAUUUGAAGUUGAAUAUAAUGGAGGCGGACCAUUAAGCCGCCAACCCAUGGUGGUACUGAAGGGCAACCAGAUUGUUCUCGCCCAUCACGUUCAGAAUCAGGAGCAGAUUUUAAGGCCAGGCCAACCUAUCAAAAUCAGCCUCGAAACAUAUGAAACGAGCUUCCAACAAAUGAACGGCGCACCGGCAUCUCGUGAGGACCUAAUGAUGGUCCUCGCUGAUCUCGACGCUUUGCUCAUUCGGGCCACCCAUGUUGACCAGCAAUAUUCGACCAGGUAG